AUGCCCAAGCGGAUGGCCCUUCACUCUGACAACACCUUUGUGAUAUGGUACCAGCAGUCACAGCAGCACAAGGAAGAGGGAGGGAGUCUGCGGGACUCGUCAUUACAGCCUUUUCCCCGGGCACCACCCCAGCCGCACAGCUCACUCCAGCCGAAAGCACGCCAUGGCAGAGGGAAGAAGAGGCACAAGCACAAACACAAGGAGAAGGAGAAGCAGUCGGGCGGCACCGGCACGGAGCAGGCGGCGCACUUCAAGCCGUGCGCCGACGUGAAGGGCAUCCGGUUCGGGGGCCAGUUCAUCGUGAAGUCGUUCACGGUGCGGCGGGCGUCGCCUCUGGAGCUGCUCCGGCUGCUGGACAUCCCGCCGUCUUACCUGAGCGAGUGCCAGAGCCUGCCGUUCCCGUCCAUCACCACCUACAUGCCCACCAGCUUCACCAUCCUGGCGCACCAGGCGUGGCACACGCUGACGCUAGGCCUGGGCACCAAGAAGUCCAAGGUGGUGCUCUUCGUGUUCGAGUCCGAGAGCAUGAAGGCGGCCGUGGACCAGCUGUGGCCCGCCAUGAUCCCGCUCGGGGACGUGAACAAGAAGCUCAUCCGUGGGCUCACGGGCAGCGAGAUGGCGCGGUUCAAGUUCCGGAAGGGCUGCCUCACCAUCUACGUCUACGCCGUGCGGCGGCUCGGCGCGGCCGGGUUCAUGCGCACCGAUGACCUCAGGCGGAUACUGCAGUCGGUCGUGGAGCUCAAGGACUUCCUCGACCACACCGCCAUGCUCGCCAUCCCGAGCCAGAAGAGCAUCACUCUGCAAUCCCGGACAGCGGUGGCUCAUUGA